AUGUAUAUUCUAAAAUGUUUAGAUGGAUACGAAUUUGUUAAUAAUUCUUGUCUUUCUAUUUGUGGAGAUGUCAUUAUAGCAUAGGAAGAGGAUUGUGAUGAAGGUAAUACUAUAGAAUUUGAUGGAUGUUUUAAUUGCAAAUAUUCAUGUCCUCUAUAUUGCCUUAAUUGUCAAUAAGGUACAUGUUUAUAAUACCAGAAUUAUGAAUAAUAACUUAAUAUGAAAUUAUAAAUGAAUUGUGGAGAUGGACUACUUUAAAAAUAAGAAUAAUGUGAUGAUGGAAAUGAUUAAGUAGCUGAUGGAUGCAAGAAUUUUCAAAUUGAAGAAAACUGGAAAUGUAUAACAAUACCAAAAGAUUCUAGAAGUUAAUGUAAUAAUGUUAAAACCCCAGAUUUAAUAAUUUAUUAUCUAAAUAUGA